AAUAAUUAAAAAAAAAUAUAGACAUUUAAAUCGUUAUUUCUUAAUAAUUUAACUGUAGCGCUGGUUCAGACAUGGAUGCUGUUAUUUUCGUCACACUUUUGCUAAUUCUAGUAAUUGCUUUGGUAGACGGUCAGACGUGUUACCUAGGCUACAAUCUUUGUACAGGAUAUAAUUGGUGCUGUCCUGAUGGUUACGUUUGCACUGGGUCAACAACCUGUUUAUCUAUUGGAGCAAUAGUCGGAGCCUGCAUUGGAGCUAUAGUUGGUCUUGUAUUUUUCAUUGUCCUAAUAUACCUCUGCUGCAGAUCAAAGAAAGGCACAGUUGGAACUGUUGUAACACAUCCGGGUGCUCACACAGUAGUUGGACAACAACAGUAUGGUCAGCAAGCUUAUGGACAACCGCCUGUAUACGGUCAACCACAGUACGGACAAUCAAGUGGGAUUGCACAGCCAGCCUCUGAUCCAGUAUAUCCACCUACUAAGGAAUAACGUGUGCGUUACAGAUACUUUUUCAAGACCUUAACGUUUAUUAUAUCUAUCGAAAUGCUAUUGCGUGUAUUUUACAUAACCUCUUCACAUAUGUAUGUUUCCCUUAUGCAGUACAUGUGAUAAUAAAAUAAAAAUAUUAUUCUGUUA